AGGUCGGAUCAUAGUAAUCCUCAAUGGCAAACUAUCCUGCUACAUCCAUAUUCCAUUGCUGUGGAUGAUAGAAAUAUAUAUUGGGAUGACUGGCAAUCUGGACAUGUUUAUAAGAUACACAAGUCUUUGCAAGGCAAACCAGAAACACUGAUUGAAAAACCUGUUGGCUCGAUUGCGAAGAGCAGAUAUGAAAUCAAAGUGUACUAUAGCCGAAGCCAAAUUGGUAAGUUAAUUGUGUGCAUGCAAAAGGUUCCUUUCUAGUCGCGCACUUCUAUUGCACAUGUUUACGCACGAAAAAGGUAAUGCCAUUUAUCAAGAAAUGGUUACCAGGGUUUAAAAUAGCUGCCAGCUGUUACCAGCAUUUUCACAGCACUAGCCGACAACUUCUAAGUUAGCAACAAUGAGGGUUUUUUUCUUAAUUCAUGGAUUUAUACAAUUAAUUUAGAGGUUUUAAAUUAAAAAGAUGCUGUCUUGAGAUAAAAAUAUCGCGUUAAGCAUUCUGGUAGCCACGAAUUUCUGGUAGCCAUGAAUUUCUGGUAGCCGGCCAUCAAUUUCUGGUAGCCAUGAAUUUCUGGUAGCCAUGAAUUUCUGGUAGCCAUGAAUUUCUGGUAGCCAUGGAUUUCUGGUGCCAUGAAUUUCUGGUAGCCAUGAAUUUCUGGUGGCCAUGAAUCUCUGGUGGCCAUGAAUUUCUGGUAGCCAUGAAUUUCUGGUGGCCAUGAAUUUCUGGUGGCCAUGAAUUUCUGGUAGCCAUGGAUUUCUGGUGGCCAUGAAUUUCUGGUGGCCAUGAAUUUCUGGUAGCCAUGAAUUUCUGGUAGCCAUGAAUUUCUGGUAGCCAUGAAUUUCUGGUGGCCAUGAAUUUCUGGUGGCCAUGAAUUUCUGGUAGCCAUGGAUUUCUUGAACAAGGCGGGAAUCGUAACUGAAUGAUGAAUAUUAUUCAUUCAUUAUAUUUCAAUUUCAUUCAUAUUUCAUUCAUUAUAUUUCAUUCAUUAUAUUUCAUAUUUCAUUCAUUACUCGCUGGGGCACCUGUGCCCCAGACGAGUAUAGGUUUCGGCUCUGUUCUUGGAUCGGCAAUCUCCAAUCGUCGACAGCCACAAAAUAGAAUAUUAAUGAGCUGCUUGAUCCUUUUCAAAAUGGCGGGGCCUUUCGUGUUUCGUGGAGUGGGGCCUCAGCGGGCAAAAUGUUUCAAACAAUUUCGUGAAAAUGUUGAACCAAUUGUACCUGUUUCCUAUGCAUUUUGCAUUGUGUCUAACUCUGGACAUUCUUGCUAGUUUAUUUAAUGCGUAUUUCUUGGUGAACGACUCUGAAAAUUCGAAUUCCCGUGCACGACCAGGGAAUCUGAAUACUGAAUCUGAAUAUAAACGAGCCAAAGACAAUUUCAAGGUAAAUGGUUAUAACUUAAACUGCACAACGUAGUUUUAACAAAUAACUACUUUAUGAGAAGCAUAUUGGUGUCAUAUCAAUAUAAAAAUUAUCGAACAACAGUCCGUGAAAACUGUAGUGUUCAAGUGUACUCAGUGUGAAAUAUGAUAUUGUUUUUGUAAUGCCUGUUAAUGGCGCAAUAAGGAUAAAAAAUACCACCGUUCGAUUCAGCGUAAGAAAUUGUACUUACGGAUGCCAAAUCUGUUACUAAACACCAGUAUUCUAGCGAUUUAUGGCCUUUGAAAAUCAAGCGAAAUUGUAUUGUUGACAUUGUCAUUUUACAAUCCAUGGUGCGACCUUGUAUUGUAUUUGUAUUGCCUAUAAAUGGCGCAACAAGGAUAAAAAUACCACCGUUCGAUUCAGCGCAAGAAAUUGUAUUUACGAAUGAGAAAUUGUACUUACGGAUGUCAACUGUAUUACUAAACAACUGACAACAGUAUUCUAGCGAUUUAUGGCCUUUGUAUUUGCAAGCCAAGCGAAGUGUAUUAUUUGUUGAGAAAUCGCUCAAAUUAUAAAAAAUGCAAUACGUUUGAUCCUUGAUAACUUUGGCAUCAUUGGUUUUCUCUUUUUCGGCCGUAUACCAGUGGAUUCGUCUCACUUCUCUCUUCAUUUUGAUAAUAUUUUGAGCCCGAAAGCCCCCAAAUAUUUUAUUUUGAACGUUUUAAACUGGCGGCCGACAGAAGAAAUAUUUAGCUUACAUACUGCAUACUAUAAAAUAUAACUUUACUUGUGGGCAUAAACGCCGGAAGUUUUAUUGGAUUGGGAUCAGGGCGCUAUAAAACACAGUGUUUUAUAGCGCCCUGAUUGGGAUAAAACGCGGAUUUCGGAGCGGAUUCCGCAAAUGAGGAUAAAACGCGGAUUCCGUUUACUUAUAAAAUAACCAAAUAAAUAAAGCAACAGAAUUUACUGUUCCGCAAGUUUUAGUAUGCAUUUGUUAACUUAUUUGUAAAAUAUUUAAAAAUAAAAGGAUUCAAAAUUUUUCGUGCGUGUACGUGCGUACGAAAAACGCAACAGUGGAAAUCAGCAUUUAGAUCUUAACAGUAAUGUGCGUCCGUUCUAUAGCCCCAGGGAGUUAACGUUCCAUAGAGCGUCUUGUUAUAUUUCAUUCAUUAUAUUUCAUUCAUUGUGUUUCCUUCAUUGUAUUUCAUUCAUUGUAUUUCAUUCAUUAUAUUUCAUUAUAUUUCAUUCAUUAUAUUUCAUUCAUUGUGUUUCAUUCAUUGUAUUUCAUUCAUUAUAUUUCAUUAAUGAAUAUAUAUAUAUAUAUAUAUAUAUAUAUAUAUAUAUAUAUAUAUAUAUAUAUAUAUAUAUAUAUAUAUAUAUAUAUAUAUAUAUAUAUAUAUAUAUAUAUAUAUAUAUAUAUAGGUAAGUGAAGGACACAUAACUAAAGAGCAACCUUAGGCUCGUAUGUUGAUUGAUUAUGUGGCUGCCUUAUAUAGACUUCAUAAUGUAUAUGACAAUAUGUUUAUAGUCUGAUGUGUAUUUCUGUUAUAGAUAAUAGUUCAUGUUCAGGUAAAAUCUGUUCUCAGCUGUGUUUACCAAAACCAAACAAUAAAUAUGUUUGUGCGUGUGGAGAUGACCUGGAGUUGGAUCCUAAGACUGGGAAAUGCAAAUGUGUUGGUGGCCUAAUAACUCUGAAGAAUGGCACAUGUAUAAGACAAGGUGAGUCGUGCGUAGGCAUUUUUUAGGUUAAUUUUAACCUGAAUGAGCUGAAAUGCUAAGCAGAUGCCUGGUUGUAUUUCCACUUAACAUAAUCUGGAUGAUUAAUUCAGCCAAGUCUGAUGAUAAUUCAGCCAAGUCUGAUGAUUAAUUCAGCCAUAAUCUGAUGAUUAAUUCAGCUCAUAUUCUUAAUUAGACUUGUUUAUACGUGUCCAAUUGCACCACACAUGCCUUUCGACGCCAGUUCUCAGAGACAGCUCUUAGGUGGCUCCAUACACUUUUCAUCAUUGGGGGACUGGUACCUAAUCUUGAGUUUUCGCGCGAAAAUGUUAAAAAUAUAUGCAAAAAUAAAUACAACUUUUUCAGUCUAAAAUCCGAACCACAAAUCAUGUUUAUUUUGAUGUUUUGAGUCUUCCUUGUUCUUAUUUGUUCUCAAAGAACAAACUUCGUCCUGAUUUAGCUCUGAACAUUGAAUAACUAGUCUUUUUAGAAGACAUUUCAAGGUAAAAAAUGCAAUGUUCAACGUUCAAACUCUUGUGAAAACCGGCGAUCGGCGAAAAGUUUUUUACUCCAAUAUUUGGCGAUUUAUAUGUUCAUAUCCAGAGUUUUUUUGUACUUACAACUGGUAAAUGUAUUCAAAGUGUUACUAACAGCAAAGGAAUUCAGUGAAACAGCAUCAUGCGCCGGCUCAAACUGUUUUAACCAUAGGUCUCCCGAAAAGGUCUUUUAUUUUUAAAAAGGUCUUUUAUUUUUAUUUUGUACCACGCAAAAUGCACUAAUCUUAAGGGUAAAGAAUUGAGAAACACUCGUGCUGAUAAGCCUCAAAACUGGUUAUGUACUAAGUGUCAAAUAUCAACACUUCCGUUUUUCAAUUGCCAACAGGAAGAGUUUCUUAAUGCUAUAACGGAUAAUAACAUAGUAAAUAACUCGCUUGAGGAUUCAACAGAUGAACAUCUAGAGGCCCUUACUAGUAAGUCAAAACAACUUAAGCUCAUGCAUCUGAACACUCAAAGUAUGGUUUCCACAUUUGAUGAACUCUUAGUCACCAUCAGAGAGUAUCCUUUUGAUGUGGUAGCCAUGAGUGAAACAUGGAUGAAGAAUAAUCCACACCUGCUGCAAUAUGUAUCAAUACCAGGUUACACAAGCUUGUUUCGCAAUCGUGAUGAGAUUCGCGGCGGUGGCGUUGGUGUAUACAUAAAGAAUUCAAUCAACUUUAAACGUAGGACCGACAUUGAGAAAAUUGAGCCUGAGCUGGAGCAGAUCUGGGUAGAAAUCAGUGGCCGAAAUAAGAAUAGCAAACUACUAUUAGGUGUUAUGUAUCGAUCAAAUCGGAUGCAAGAUUUUCAAACUUGGAUAGAUAAGAGUGAAAACGUAAUCAGCCAACUGUGCACAGAGUGGGACGGGCUUCUCGUGAUCACCGGUGAUUUUAAUAUAGAUCUGCUCAGGCCUGAACAGCCCCAAGUAAAACAAUAUAUUGACAUGCUAGAAUCGCUCAAUCUUCAUCAACAUGUAGAGCAACCAACAAGGACAACGGCAAACUCUAAAACAUUAAUUGAUCACAUAAUAAGUAACAUACCAAGUCGAGUGACGCAUACGGGCGUAUUGCCUUGUCCAACGAUCAGCGACCACGACGCUCAGUACGUCUGCCUCAAUGUGAGAAUCACUCGUUUCGAACCCCGCUUCAAAUUUAUUAGAAAUGAACGACAAUUUGUUGAAAUGCCUUCCUUGAAGAUGUCGCAGCGUUACCACUGAAUAUAGUGUAUAGCACCGAUGAAGCAGACGAUAAACUAGAGAUUUUUAACAGUUUGUUCAAAUCUAGCAUAGACAGACACGCCCCACUGAGAAAGAUGAAGAUUACACGGCCACCGGCACCCUGGUUAAAUGCUGAGGACAUCAAACAGUUACAAUCUGAAAGGAACAAGCUUCGACAUCUCGCUCAUGCCACAAAGAAAGAUAGCAUUUGGCAAUUAUUCCGUGGAAUCAGAAAUAAGAUCAAAACUAGAAUCAAGGAAGCAAAACGAUCCUUCUACCGGAAAGCUCUAUCGUCGAGAAAACCCAAAGAUCUCUGGCGCACAAUCCAUCGCAUCUUACAUCCCAGUCAACAAAAAAUUUCUGCGGAUCCCAAUGUAUUGAACCACCAUUUUAGUACAACCUCUCAACGUCUGUUGGGAACUUCCCCUUCAUCAUCAGACGACCUACGGAAUCUGAUUAACACUUUUCCAGAUAACACUAACCACUCCUUUACUUUACGUCCAGCAACCUUUCGGGAGGUUUUAAAUGAAAUAAAAGGUCUACGAUCAGAUUGCUCAACCGGGACGGAUCAAAUACCAGUUAAAUACAUUAAGCUGGCAGCAGACUGGAUUGCUUCACCACUGACUCACAUCAUCAACCAUUACAUCUCUAAUAACUCGUUUCCAAAAAUUUGGAAGCUUGCACGAGUCUCCCCAAUACCUAAAACUGACCACCCUGUCGAAUCGGAUGAUUUCAGGCCUAUUGCAAUUUUGCCAGCCUUAUCAAAAAUCUACGAACACCUUGUUCUCAAACAGUUGCUUUUAUACAUAGAAGACCAUAACAUACUCCACAGUGGUAUGUCAGGAUACCGCAAAGGCCACUCCACCAACUCAGUGUUACUGCGAAUCAGAGACGACAUCAUUCGUGCGAUGAAAAAAGGAGAAGUUACGCUCAUCGCCUUCGCUGACUUCUCUAAAGCAUUUGACACUGUCGAGUAUGCCACCGUGUUUAAGAAACUUCACAACGUCGGUUUCUCUCAUGAUGCAAUCUAUUGGGUAUUGAAUUACUUAACUGGGAGAAAACAGUAUGUUCAAAUUAAUGAGAAACAAUCGCAGGUAGUUGAUGUACAGUUUGGAGUGCCGCAGGGAUCUAUUUUGGGGCCUGUGCUGUUUAAUUUGUAUGUAAACGAUUUGGAACCAGAUUUGGAAUGCUCAUGCUAUCAGUAUGCCGAUGAUACGACCUUGUAUCGACAUAGCGUCCCUUCAAAGAUACAUGAAUGCGCUAAGAAACUUCAGGAUGCAAUGACUGUGCUUGAAAACUGGGCAGUAGAAUCAAAUCUCGCCCUUAAUGAGACAAAAACCAAACAAAUGUUAAUAACAACCUCGAAAAUGUCCAGAGUACACGGACUUGACACCGUUGUUCCUGAUAUCAGAGUCAAGGCACAAACAUUAGAGAAAGUUGAAGAAUUCAAACUUUUAGGCACAUGGUUUAGUGAUAACCUCAAAUGGGGAUGUCACAUAAAACACGUAACUUCAUCUUGUUACGCAGUUCUCUCCACCUUAAAGAAAUUAAGAAAUCUUACACCAUUCCAUAUCAAAAAACAGUUGGCAGAAUCUUUGAUACUUUCAAAAAUAUUUUAUAAUAUAGUCGUCUAUCACCCACUACCCGCGACCCAACUAAAGAAACUACAGCGCGUCCAAAACGCAGCCGCAAGCUUUGUAACCAACAAAUACUGUCGCAUAGGAGAUGUGUUGUCAUUGGGAUGGCUGCCAAUACAUGAAAGAACCGAAUUUGAACUUAUGCGUUUCGCGCACAAGUCCAUAUGGGAUCAUUCCUGGCCUCAAUACCUGAGAUUAGAACUGCGUACUAACAAUCGACUACUUCGAUCAAGUAAUGCCCCAUCGUUAAUGGUACCAUUGGAAACAGGAACAUUUCAGGAUUGUUGUGCGAAGAUUUUUAAUGAACUACCUACACAUUUGAGAAAUGUUCACGAUUACAGACCCUUUUUGAACACACUCAAAACUCUCCUUCUGAAUAAGGCUCGAGAACGAAUCGAACAUUUAUAACAUUUUAGCUAUUUGAUUCAAUUUUUAGCUUAACUAUUUCAUAUACAUUAAUCUCCUUUUACUAUUUUUCCAAAUAUCAUAUAUACAUAUAUAUUUAUCUUAGUUUAGGUAUUAAGGAUGUAGAGCUACUAUGUAGAUAUGCCUUAAUAAAUUCGUUAUUAUUAUUAUUAUUAUUAUUAUUAAAACAAUCCAUACAAUUUACUUUAAAAUGCAAUGCUUUGACAUGCAAUGCUUCAAUGUACAGUAAAACCUCUAUAAUUUGUAUUACAUGAAGUACGUGCAGCAUCACAAUAGCGUAGUGUCAUUAUGUAAUAUAUAUCCCCAAGGUUGGCAACUAAAUACAAGCCAGAUGAUUUUGAUACGCGGAAAAGUACUGGCACUAGUUGUCAAAUAGAAAUCCAUUUUAUGAUUGAAACAACUGAAUAUCGCCUGUAAUAUAGUUUAUUUCGAUUUCAUAUUUUUGUCAGACCUAUAGUUCUCAUAACCAAACAUAAUUACAAAAUUUCAACUAGUUUCAUAAAAAAUAACGAAAGAUAUAAUUGACUGAAUACAUCAAAAUGGAUUUCUAUUAGGACAACCCUUUCUGAGCGCUGAUUGGCUAAAAUACGAACACGAGAUCACCUGGCCAAAUUUAAAACUGUAUACACAAACUUUAAUGAUCCCGCAUAGUUUUAACCAAAUUGAGCCAUUUUCCUCGGAAUUUUCGCAAAAUUAACUCGUUUAAAAGUGAUGAGAGAACAAAAAAACACAAUGUAGAAGAAUUACAGUUAUUUCUUACUAUAGUGAGUUAGUUUUUUAAUGAAUUUCGAUGUAUAUGUACGAGUUUUUUCGUCAUUAAAGUUUGUGUAUACAGUUUUAAAUUUGUAUUUAGUUGCCAACCAUGGGGAUAUAUAUAUUACAUAAUGACACACCGCUAUUGUGAUGCUGCACGUACUUCAUGUAAUACAAAUUAUAGAGGUUUUAGUGUACAUUGAAGCAUUGCAUGUCAAAGCAUUGCAUUUUAAAGUAAAUUGUAUGGAUUUUUUUUAAAAAUAAAAGACCUUUUCGGGAGACCUAUGUUUUAACUUGUCAACAACAACAUGAAAACACACAAGUUACGACUGAAAACGAAUAUAAAACUAUGUAGAAAAGCCAAAAAGUUCAUACAUAUCACACAUAUCUUAUACCAAACGACCGACAAUCACCUGUUUUCUUGACGUUAUCCCGAGUUAGCAUGCAAAACUAAAUCUAUUUGCAUUUCUAAGGAAGAAAACACAAUAUAUAUUUGAUAUUUCGACGAGACUAAAAACUUUUUUUGUGCGUGUUUUUCUGGAGAUGCGCCUGCGAAAACAUGUACGCGCAUGUCAAUUCAUUGAUCUUGCAGAGUGUAAAAAACUUUGGCCGCGCGGAAUAAAACCGUGAUUAUUUCCAAAACGGGUUCGGUAAGGUACCCUGAAAAUUUGUAAAUGAGUAGAUACAUACUUCAAGAUUUCAUGAUGGAAAAAUAAAAAAAAAUUGUCGACAGAAACUGUCAAAAAGUCGAAAUUUAAUUCUGAAGAAUUGAAUCGACAGAUUUUUUUUUAAACUUCCCAGAAAUGUUUCUCGACACUAACGUAACUGAUUUAUUACAAAAAAAAAUUGGGGUCACCGAACUCGUUUUUCAGAAAAAAAACUCGAAAAACUGCGAUAUUUUCGGCUAUUUAGUGUUAUACCAUUAUUCGUUAUAAUUGUCAUGGAAACGCGACUUUUAUCAGAAUUCUUCUUGUUUGUGACACGUCUUACUAUGUGUUACAAUUAUAAGUAAAACUUAACCCUGUAAAAGCAUUUAAACAGAAAAUAUUCAACUUUUGCUCCUUUGGCUAAAAAGUGUAUUGUGCCACCUUAAGUCCAUUUGUGUGUUAUAAAGGACUACCUAAGAAUACUUUCCAAUAUUUAGUGUUUCAGGGAAAUACGACAUUUUAAAGUUAACAGUCUUUUUUCAUAUGUCCCUUUCAAGUGAAACUUAUAUAGUUAUAUGUUCUUUUUCAAUAUAGCUGGGAAGUCAUGUGCAGCUCAUGAAUUUCCAUGUAGGAAUGGAAGAUGUAUACCAUUUGAUCUGAAAUGUGACUUUCACAAUGACUGCGGAGAUUAUUCAGAUGAAGAUACUGGAUGUGGUAAGCAAAACAUUGAAUCGGUAUCCAUAGCUUCAUCUAUCGAUGCAAUUCUAUUUUCAAUCCUAACAUUAAUCCCAACUUUGUAACACUUAUCCUAAUCCCAACCAUAAUCCUACUCCUACGCCUAUCAGUAGUCAAUCUUUAUCCUAACCGUGACGUUGCAAUCCUAAGGAUCUGUUUAUAUGAUCCCAGCUUGGCGGGACGGGAUAGUCGCCGAGAUCCCGCUCGUAAUAUAAACUCUGUUGAGCUAGAUGGGGUGAAAUGAACUUUUUGAGCACACGUAAAUGCUUUCUCCGAAAAAAUAUGACGUUAAUGGCUUUAUCCCAGCAAGGUUUUUGUCCAUAUAAUUCCGCCCCUAGGCAGGACGAAAACGUCCAGUCCCGUCACAUAAACAGACAGAACCUAAGUCCUGACAAUCACUGGUUUGGAACGCGAGGGCGACGUCCGAAACUCCCAAUGUAUGUUUGAUGUAUUGUAAUAUUUCAAAUCUACGGUGGUGGACCCAAUUUGCUCUUGCCCAAUUUGCUCUUGCCGUGAUGAAUUUGCUUUUGCCGUGGCACUUGUGGGCCACCGUACAAAUCCGACUAUGAGGACUGGACUAGACUUCAAGUGCGUGCAAUUUGAGACAAAAUUCAAUGACUUGAAAUCUAGUCCAAUCGGAAUUGUUGGAGGAUUUGGAAUGACGUAUCAUACGAAUAAAUCACUAUUUAAAGUGAGGUGAAUUAAUUAUCCAUUAUCAUGUGAGCAAAACUGAUCAAGUAAUAUGGCUGGCUAAUUUACUCAUGAAUUAUUAAUGAGUUUGAGAUAAUUUAUUUCUUUUCAAUGCUAUCAUGAAUUUCUUGAAUUGCGCGGUCGCCGCCCUGCUUGGUAAAGCUCCUUUUAUUUUUAUACCAGAAAGUUGUUGUUUAUAUUUUAGAUGGUAUGAAAGUUUGCAAUGAUAAGCAAUUCCAUUGUCCAGGUGGACAAUGUAUUCCAGUGAACUAUGUGUGUGAUGGGGAUAAAGACUGCGAAGAUGGGUAUGAUGAGAAGCCAUGUAAAAGUAAGGACAAGAAAUUUUUUAAUUUUUCUAAAACCCUCACCUCUGAUCUUAGUCUAAAUUAUUUUUAAUUCUAUAGGAUUAUACGGAAGGUCUUUCUUCCAAUAUUUUAUUAAUAAUAAAAUAUAGAAAAAAAAGACCUUUUGUAUAAGCUUAUAGAAGUCUAGGGUCAGCACAUAAAGGCUACUUUCGCAUUGCGAUUCAGUGCUUGUGAAUGGUCAGAAUGUUAAAAACAAGUCGCAUGGUGAACUCUUUGAUAACACCUUGACAUAUUUUAUAUGUAAGGAGUUUGUGCAGAUAUUGAAACAUUGCUGUCAUACUACUAGAAAUACAUUCAGAAACCCCUCGCCUUGCUAGCAAAACCACUGUAUGUUCCAAAUGUGAAGUAUUUGAAGUAGUUGUCAUGGUAACACGAUCACUUUAUUAUUUUUCAAACCGAAAAAAAACGGCAACAGCCUGAAAUUAUCACUUUAAAUUUACAAAAUUAUCAAUUUCCAAAACACAUACCAUAGGUAUGUUAUUAUGCGUAAUAUAAACUUUAGUUUAAUGCCGGGAAAAUUCAGCCAGAUGCGCUUCGCAAAACCUUUUAAAAAGUUCUUUGAAGCAAACAACACGUCAGUCUUAAAGCAAACUUACCUUAGGUUUUACGAUUUCCAGCAAUCUAUUGCCACUGAUCUUUUGUACGAAGCAAAACAAAUGCACUGUUUGGCUGCUCAUCAAAUCUGAACCUUUCAAUCGAAGACAGAGGAUGCGCCCUAUUGUGGCUGCUCCUACAUUCCUUAUAUUUCUUAAAUAUCCUUGGUUUUAAUCUUAUUCAGAAGAUAUUCAGGGUAUAUACAACACUAUAAUAAAGUAUCUUUGGUUGGAAACAGAAUUUAAGCGCUAUGUCUCGUUUCUUGAGCAAAAUUUGGUCCAUGAAAGUCCAUGGUCCGCAAAAUACAAUCUCAUGCAUGUCGAACAAUCGAUCCUACAACAUGGCAAACAUUACUGGAUUUAAAUAUAGCAGUAAAGAAACCUACGAAGCGUGCUUGUCGUGCUGGAAUCAACAAGGUACGAAGUAUUAAAACAGUUAUUGGAAACCGACUUCCCUCUGAUUUAAGUUCAAGCACUCGACAAUCAUUCUCAAUAACAAAUCGUGCUUUAUUUCAACAACCUUUCAGCCUCGUCAGACGCAGUUAUUAUAAGCGCCGAGUCAAUUUAAACAACCUAAGCUAUAUAAAGGUCCAAGCCGAGGAUACGAAUCAGGUAGAUAAGGAAAGAAAAAAACAUUUUGUUCCCAGCUUGAUGUUAACUAAUGCGAUGUCAUUAGCCCCCAAGGUCGACGAAGUUCGUUCGUUUGUUUUGGAUUCAAAUUUAGACCUAGCAUGCAUCACCGAAACGUGGCUUAAGGACACCGUUAACGACAAUGCAAUUCAUAUCCCUGGAUAUAAAUUAGUACGCAAAGACCGCACUUUUACUUCUCACGGUGGUGUUUGUAUUUAUAUUCGCGAAGAAUUUCAGUGUUUUCAGCUAGACGCCCUUGAAUCAGACAACGUCGAAGUACUUUAUAUUAAAAUACGCCCAAGAAGGCUCCCACGGGGGAUUCCGUGCAUUGUAGUAGAAACAAUAUACCACCCGCCAAGUAACAACUCCUCAAUGAUCGAUUAUUUAGUCAAUUCUCUGUCGGCUAUCGAGAGCGAAAUCCCCAACUGUGGAAUUAUCUUAGCAGGUGACUUAAACCAUCUUGAAUUAAACGUCAAUUUAGACUAAAACAACUAGUGGACUUUCCCACGCGAGGCAGGAACACUUUAGAUGUGAUCCUCACAAAUAUGCCAACCUUUUACGAGAAACCGCUAAAAUCUUCUCCCUUUGGCCUUUCCGAUCACUGUACUAUCACUAUUUCACCAAUUUCAAAAACCAAAGGCAACAACAAACCAGUAAAAAUUGUAAGCAGAGAUUUAAGACCAUCAAAAAAAGAACAACUCGGUCGCUACCUGUCCUCGAUUGAUUGGACAAUACUUGCCUCCAUUGACUUAGUAGAAGACAAAGCCAAACUACUAGAGGACUAUACUAUAAUUGGCCUUGAUAACAUUAUGCCAGUAAAAACAAUUACGGUUCACUCUAAUGACGCACCAUGGAUGACUUGUGAAUUAAAAUCACAGAUAAAGAAACGUCAACUAGCCUUACAACAAGGAAACGAUACAUUAUUUAGAUACUAUAGGAAUCUUGUUAAUCGCAAUCGAAAGAAGUGUAGGGGGAAUUAUUAUGCAAGCAAAAUAAGCCAUUUAAAAAAUUCCAAACCAAAGAAUUGGUGGAGAGAAGUCAAACAAAUUUGCGGUCAUGCAUGCACCAUUAAAUAACCAUAAAGACCUUCCAUCCCUUCUCGCUGUUGAUGACACCGAUCGAAUGUCCCUCGACGACCAAGCAAAUUUAAUAAACAACACCUUUUUAUAGCCGCAACAAGCGUAUCAACCACUUGAUGAGUCGGUCAAAAUACAUCGGCAAUUAGAUCAAACAUAUACCGCAUCUUUUUCGGUUAUUCCUGCCGAUACGGUGCAAGUAACUGAAUUUGUCACAUUUACGAAAUUGAAAGCUCUCAACCCAAACAAAUCUCCUGGACCUGAUGGUAUACCCCCUUGGGUUUACAAAGAAUUUGCAGAAAUUUUGGCAUAUCCCAAUGAGCCUUAUUUUAAAUUGUUCUUAUAAGCAAGAAAAACUACUGUCGGCGUGGAAAAAGGCAAAUAUUUCUCCUGUUCCUAAAAAUACACAAGUAACAGACAUUAAUAAGCAUUUACGUCCUAUUUCUUUAACACCAGUUGUGUCUAAAUUGUCCGAAGAAUUUAUUCUUGAAAGACAACUUAAGUCAGCAUUUCUAAAAGUCAUCGACUCCAAUCAGUACGGUGUUGUACCUAAGUCAUCCACUACGUUGGCCUUGAUCUCAAUGAUGCAUAAAUGGCUGCUAGCCACGGACGAACCAGGUAACACGAUUCGUACAGUGCUAUUCGACUUUCGAAAGGCGUUUGAUCUUCUUGACCACAACCGUUUGAUAACGAAAUUAAAAUCUCUCGAUCUUCCGUCUUCAACUAUCAAUUGGAUUAUUGAUUUUCUAAUUGACCGAAAACAACGGGUAAAGUUAACAUCUAACUGUUAUUCUGAAUGGGGUCAAGUGCACUCAGGUGUGCCGCAAGGGACAAAACUGGGUCCUUGGCUGUAUAUAUUAAUGAUUAAUGAUCUAACAACAACCCGUACAAAACCUUGGAAAUAUGUUGAUGACACUACUCUAUCUGAAGUCAUUCAUAAAGGAAAGCCAAGUUCAAUUCAGAAACCCGUUGACGAAGUUCAAGAAUGGACACGCUCGAAUUUGGCCGAACUCAAUGAGGAUAAAUGUAAAGAGCUCAGAAUUGAUUUUUCGCGGAAGCAAACUCAAACAAAUCAUCUCAACCCCAUCCGAGUCAACGGCAAAGAGAUUGAGGUCGUAAACCACGCGAAAAUACUUGGUCUUACAGUCAGCAGUGGAAAAUGCACGUUGAUAACAUCGUAUCCAAGGCCAGUAAGCGACUAUAUCUAAUCACACAGUUAAAGAGAGCUCGAGUUCCUGCAAAUGAAAUUAUUCAAAUAUAUUGUUCAUGCAUUCGCCCGUUACUGGAAUACGUCUCACCUGUCUUUCAUAAUUCCUUACCGCAAUAUUUAAAUUUGGAUAUUGAAAGAGUUCAAAAACGAUGUAUUAAAAGAAUAUUUCCUGGCGUUUCAUACGAAGAAGGCCUCAAAUUAGCUAACCUAGAAACCCUGUGUGAUCGCCGAUCGGAAGCGUGCAAAAAACUAUUUCUCCCAGCCUAUUCUGAUACUAGCCAUAAACUACACAACCUGAUUUCAAAGGAGAACUCAUGCCAAUAUUCCCUAAGAAGAAGCCGUAAACUUUUCGUGCCAAGAACUAGAACCGAUCGUUUUAAAAACUCCCUUGUCAUUUCUAACAGUUCAAAUAUAUAAAAAAUCUAGGUAAUCUUGAAUGUAUAUAUUCUUAAUGUAUUCCCAUUUGAAUUUUAGAAAACUAUUUUGAUCAAACUUUUUAACUAAUCCAUAGGUAAUCUAUUUAGACUAACUAUUCAUUUCUUGUAAAUAUUCGUAGAUAAUUCAGUGCACAGUUUUUCUGUAACCAUUAAAAUCACUAUCACAUAAAUAUUGAGAGAAAUUAAUCUCUCGGAAAACCGCCCUCCACACGACCACACAUUACAUUAUUACAUUAUUAUUCAGCUCACUCCCCAUUGGGGCUUUUCAGUGACCGAUUACAUCAAGUGUUCCGCUUACUUAUAUGUUACUUACUUAGCCUAGACUAUUUAUAUUUACAACAAUUGUGAUUAUUUUCUUAACUGUGAUUAUCUUAACCCACCCUGUCAGACUCAGAUUCAGACUCUUUUCACAUGAGUCCGUAUAGCGAAAAUGGAAGCCACGAUCUUAGAGGUGAAAGGCGCUUGCUCUGAUGACUGCGUCACCGAAGCCCCUAUAUAUAAGCCCCGUUUACACGAGCAAUAGACAACUUGCAUGUUAGACAAAUUUUUGAUCUAGCCGAUCUAAGCAAAAAAAAAAGUAAAUUCCCGUUAAGAACUUAUUAAAAUGAGUAAACCUGCAAAAUUUGGUUGCGAAAUGUUGUAAAGCUUGGAAAAUAUAGCUUUACAAAGUUUGCAUAUUUUCAGUAUAUUUGUAUUACGUGCGGAAAUUGUUACCAUUUUUAAGCCGAAAAUGAUAACAAUUUCCGCUCGUAAUACAAAUAUACUGAAAAUAUGCAUUGCAAGGAUAUAUUUUCCAAGCUUUACAACAUUUCGCAACCAAAUUUUGCAAUUUUACUAAUUUCAAUAUAGUCUUUUUAACUGUGGUGUCUGAUUCCCUUUUCUCUGCUUAGAUUAAAAUUUUGUCUAACAUGCAAGUUGUCCAUUUUGACGUGACGAUUUUGAUGUGACAAUUUUAUUUGCUCGAGACGAGGAAAGUUGGGCAAUUUUUAUUGCAAAUACAGUUGCUAAAAAGCUAGCGCAUUAGCUUGUAUGUGAUAAAUAAAAGUUAUCACUUACGAAAAAUUGCUCGUGUAGAUUACUCGUCACAUAAAAUGUCAUAUUUUUUCUCCCGCCAUAUUUGUAAAAGUAUAAUUAGUGUCCGCGCCAUGUUUUAUUGCGCGAGAUACCGCUGUUCAUAGAUAUUUUUUAAAUAGGAAUCAAGUUCAUCAACAAUUAUAUUAUUUGUUGUCUCAUCUGCACGACCAAAUACAUUUGUCACAUAAAAAUAUGAAAAAUUGUCACAUAAAGAUUGGUCGUGUAAAUGGGGCUUUAAGGUUGUCAGAAAGUAUUUGAAAAAUAAUAACGGUAUGGCAAGGUUCUUACAUUACUCUUACUGCAGUAAUUCUUAUGUUAUUUUUAAUUGUUUGUCAUGCUUGCUAACAUACUACAUAUACGCUUUAGCAACGUCUUUUAACGAGAUCAUCAGCUAUAGUAAAACUUUACCUUAUAAUCUUAUAUUCUCCCCUGGAUUAAAAUCUGACUGGACAAAAAGCGAUAUUUUUUGUGUUGUUUUUUUUUUAAGAUCGAACACGAUGUCCACAAGGUAAAUUUCGCUGUGGUGAUGGAGUAUGUAUCCCUAGGAACGCAAGAUGCGACGGAGACAGAGAUUGCAAAGAUAACUCUGAUGAACACCUAUGUCCCGGCUUUGGUUAG